AUGCUAGUUAAUAAACCCGAAGCAGAGAAUCCAAGGAGUCGAAACAGAUCAACUCCCAAGAGUGAAGCAGAGUCAGACAAGUCGCAGAUAGUAAGACCUGGUAGUAAGAUGCCUGUCAGACCUUCGUCUCGUCCUGUUCUUCCCGCUCGCGAUAAGGUACCACCAGCUAUCAGCUUACGUACAAAAAAGGUACUUGAAAACACCGUAAAACACUUGAGGACAAGCUUGUACCCCCUGAAUACCCCGACGCAGCCAAAAGAUCCGUUUGUCCACUCGAGCCCACAGGCCAAGGCACAUGGAGUAACUCCCGUCCUGUCUCGCCGCGAGGAUCGGGGGUUGCGCUGCACGAAACUCUCCUCCAACUAA